CGAAAGGAAAACAAAUCGCCGGAAGGAAGGAAAAGACCCACCCAGCUGCCCCGCCCCGCCUCCCCAACCCCAACCCCAACCCCAAAUCCCAUUCCAUAUAGCCGCCGCCGAGCCGAGCUACUGCCCUCCCACGUCGUCUCCUCCACCACACCCCACCCCCUCCCAUCCCCUCUCGUCCGCCCGCCCGCGCGCCCGCGCGCCCGACCCGACCCCCGCCCGCCGGGUGAUUGGGCGGGCCUGCUGAGCGUAGCUUUUUUUUUUUGAAUUCCGCGCCCCGGGCGGCCCAUCUGCCCCCCGCCAGGCGCCGCGGCAGAUGUCGCUGUAUUUCCGGCGGCUCUUCAACCGGCGGCCGCCGGCCGGGCUCGUCGAGAUCUCCAGCAACAUUCUCGUAUUUGACCACUGCUUCUCCAUGGAUAUGUUUGAAGAAGACGAAUUGAAGCCAUACAUUGGAGGCAUCUUAAAACAGCUACUUGCGCGCUACUCCAUCGAUUCAUUAAUGGUAUUCAACUUUGAGGGAGGAAAGAAGAACAACCAAACUGCCCGCAUUUUCUCAGGCCAUGAUAUGAGUGCGAUGGGUUAUCCACGUAACUAUGAGGGGUGUCCUUUGCUCACCUUGGAGAUGAUUCACCAUUUUCUUAGGUCUAGUGAAAGCUGGCUCUCAUUAAGUCAGGACAACUUCCUGCUUAUACAUUCAGAACAUGGUGGGUGGCCGGUCCUUGCUUUCGCAUUGGCAGCCCUGCUGGUUUACCUUCGAAGGUGCAAAGAUGAGAGGAAGGCGUUGGAGAUGAUCCAUAAAUAUGCACCACCUGGGCUGGUUGAGCUUUUCUCACCACUGGACCCAGCACCUUCUCAUUUGAGAUACUUGAAGUAUGUGUCGAGACGGCACAACUCACCAGAAUUGUGGCCACCUGCUGACAGGAUGCUGAACUUGAACUGUGCAAUCAUCAGGACGGUACCGAAUUUUGAUGGUCAAGGGGGAUGUAGACCAAUAUUUCGAAUUUAUGGCCCAGAUCCCCUGGCUCCUCAUGACAGUAGUGCCAAAGUUCUGUUUUCAACUCCGAAGACAAAUGAUUUUGUCCAGCUUUACACGCAGGAAGACAGUGAGAUAAUCAAGAUUAAUAUCCGAUGUCCUGUUCAAGGAGACGUUGUCAUGGAGUGCCUCAGCGUGGAUGAGGACUUUAAACAUGAAGUGAUGGUAUUCAGAGUUAUGUUUAGCACAGCUUUUGUCGAAGACAAUCUCCUGUUACUUGAUAGGGACCAGAUUGACAUUCUGUGGGACACGAAACACCGGUUUCCUGUAGACUUCAGAGUUGAGGUUAUAUUUUCCGAGAUUGAUGCGACCACAUCGAUUAACACUUCUGAGCCAGAAAGCGAAAGCGAAAGCAAUCACAUCACGGAUGCUGCAUCAGAACAGAAGGGUUUGAACAACGUGCAUGAUGGCUUUGAUGUGAUACCCCUGCAGGAAACGGAAAUCAGCAAUGGCACACAUGAACAUAACAUUCUAGAUAUCAGAUCUGUCCAGAUUUCUCAGACAGAACCAGAAAAUAUCCAUUCUUCUGCACCAAAGUUUGAUGGAGACAAAGAUGAUGUUAUUCACACAUUAUCCUUGCCAGAAGCUGAAUCCGUAGGUCCAACCACUCAAGAUGCUGUUGCUGAUACAUCAUCCUCGCAAGAAGCUGAAUCCGUAGGUCCAACCUCUCAAGAACAUGAACUUGCUGAGAACGCUUCUGCAGGGGAGGAAUCGGAAGGGGGUACGAUCGAGAGCACAACCAAUUCUGAUACGCCGUUGGUAGACCCCCCAGGUGGUUCAGAAGCUGACGCAGCCACUGUUGAAUGUUCUGACACCAACUCAGAGUCAGGUUCACGUUCAAGCAGCAGCGCUUCAUCUAGCUCACCAAAGUUCGACGAAGAUACUGAGGAAGCUGGUACAGCUGAUGCCGAAGUACAGUCGAUAGAACUGGAAGGAUCUUGAGAUUGCGACGCGGCGCUACUGUAAACUGGGGCAGCACUGGUCCAUUGUGCCGCCCUAAAUGUAGUUUAAACAUAUACACUUCCACAGUAGAGUGGAGAAUUGUUGGUCGUCCAGACCAAAAGCAUUGUACAGUCUACGUUGGUUAAACAUGUGAGAUAUUUUCAGAUCAUUUUCAGAUUUUGGAGUUGGAGGCAUAUGGUAGAUGGAGGUAGAGCUUCAGUUCUUUUAGGAGUAUCAUUUUCAUGGCUACUUGGGUGCAACCUGUAAGACAAUGUGGUUGUGCCGGAGUUGGUUGACGGUGAGCUUGUGGCGCCAACCACUUUCUUU